AUGGCCAUCGUUGCGCACCGGCGCUUCGAAAUGGUUUGCGCAGGCUUGGUGAUCCUUUGUGCAGCCGUGAUCGGCAUUGAGGCCGACUACGAGAUCCGGAAUUCCGACGAAGGUCAGCAUCCCGUCUUCCGCGGCUUUGAUAUUGCCUUCAACUUGUGGUUCGCUACGGAGCUGGCACUUCGCUGGUCAUCUGAAGGGCUCUGCGCUUUCUUCUCCUGCGAGAACCCCUCCGUACGGUGGAACUUCAUGGACUUCUUCUUGGUCUUGUUUGCUGUGCUGGAAGAGAUUGCGGCGCUCAUGGCUGCAGCUUCCUUUCUAGAGGUCUCCGCCCUCCGAAUGCUGCGUAUGAUGCGCCUGGUCCGAGUGGCGCGCGUGAUUCGGAUGCUGCGGUUUUUCUCCGAGCUGCGCGUGAUGGUGAACGGCAUUAUGGGCUCCACAAAGCCAUUGCUUUGGGCCUUUGUUUUCCUGCUGAUCCUGAUGUUCAUCGUUGGCGUUACGUUCAUGCAGCUCGCGUCCAACUACAUCAAGGAGAACGGCGGGUCACAGCAGGAGCUCAUAAUCUACUGGGGCUCACUCUCACGAACCAUGAUGACGCUGUACAUGGCCAUAAGCGGUGGCAUAGAUUGGCAAGACUGUGUGCGGCCGCUGCGCAUGGUCAGCGAAGCUCUGGAGUACAUGUUCGCAACCUACGUCUUCUUCACCAUGUUCUGCUGUCUGAACAUUGUAACCGGGAUCUUCGUGGACAACGCAAAAGCUCUGAAAGGUGCAGAUGAGGAUGCCAUGUACCUGGAGGCGCUGACCGAGAGGAAGCGGUGGAUAGCUGACAUCAAGGACUUGUUCAUGCGACUGGCUACGCUCAACGGCCAUUUCACGCUGGAUGAUUUCAAGGAGCAGAUCUACAACAUCAAGGUUCAGACGCUGUUCCGAAAGCUUGGCAUCAACUUGGAUGGCAUCAACGCAGAAGAACUGUGGGACAUAUUGGAUGCGGACCAGAGCGGUUGCAUUGAUGAGGAAGAGUUCGCCAAGGGCCUGAAGUUUUUUCAAGGGCCAGCGCAAAGCAUCCACGUCUAUCGCUUGAUGCGCGAGGGUGCCAAGCUUCACGACAAGGUGGAGCAUCUGGCGGAAGUCUGCAGUGAAAUCCUAGAGCACCAAAGGCUUCAGAUGCAGGACUAG